GCCAACCACGCCGUUCCUCGGCUCCUCCUGGACUGGAAGCUAGCGGGAGGGGGGAGUAGAAGCGGGACUCGCUCAGUAGGCGGGACAAAGUGUUUUGUGUGUGUGUGUGUUCUCUCUCUCUCUUUUGGGGGAGUUGCAAGUAGGAAGCUUUUUGCACUCCACCACCUCUAGCCGCUGGGAAGACGUCAUCGCUUCCGCCCUACUUCCUCCUCCUGUUGGCGGCGCUGAGAAUCCAAUAUGGAGUAAAUCGGUGGAGUGGCGAGAUGGGGCUCGGACGGGGCGCCCUGCACCGCCUCCAAGGCGCACCUCCCCCGGCCGCAGAGCACUACCCGGAACCCUGAUUGGCCCGGUCCCCAGGGGCGACCCCGGCCCGGCCCCAGUGCAGCCGGCCGCCCGCCCGCCGCCUCGAGCGUGCUUGUUUUUCUGCUGCUCUCCCCCUCCGGGUCCCCUUCCCAAAUCUCCCCCUAGCACCGGCUCGGAGCCUGGGGGGGCAGCGCCCGCCUGGCCAGCGGCGUCCGCUGCUCCGUGCGCCCCUUCCCAGACCUCGCCCUGCGCUCGGGGCGCCCCGUUUCCCCGCCUGCCUCGGCGCCCCCUUCAUCUCUAGCCUCCCCCCCCACCUCCACCACCAAAUCAGGAGAUGUCGGAGAUGUGAGGAAGGGGGGCGAGCGCACAGGAAGAUGAAGGGAGCCAGGCUGCCCGGCGCGGGACAGGCGUCUAGGUGAACAAGAAGAUGACCGAAGAAACACACCCGGACGAUGACAGCUAUAUUGUGCGUGUCAAGGCCGUGGUUAUGACCAGAGAUGACUCCAGCGGGGGAUGGUUCCCACAGGAAGGAGGCGGGAUCAGUCGUGUUGGGGUGUGUAAGGUCAUGCACCCUGAAGGCAGUGGACGAAGCGGCUUUCUCAUCCAUGGUGAACGACAGAAAGACAAACUGGUGGUAUUGGAAUGCUAUGUCAGAAAGGACUUGGUCUACACCAAAGCCAAUCCGACGUUUCAUCAUUGGAAGGUUGAUAAUAGGAAGUUCGGUCUUACUUUCCAAAGUCCUGCGGAUGCACGAGCCUUUGACAGGGGAGUGAGAAAAGCCAUUGAAGACCUUAUAGAAGGCUCAACAACUUCAUCUUCCACUAUCCACAACGAAGCCGAGCUCGGAGACGAUGACGUUUUUACAACAGCCACAGACAGUUCUUCUAACUCCUCUCAGAAGAGGGAACAGCAUACAAGAACAAUCUCCUCCCCUAUGUCUUGUGAGCACCGGAGGAUUUAUACUCUUGACCCAUACCCCAUGGACCAUUACCCCCCGGACCAGCGUGUGCCAAGGUCCUACCCUCAGGUCAGCUUCCCGGAGGAGGAGGAGGAAGAAAUCGUUCGCAUCAACCCCCGGGAGAAGAUCUGGAUGACGGGGUACGAGGACUACCGUCAUGCGCCAGUGCGCGGCAAGUACCUGGACGCGGGCGAGGACAGCGACUCCUCCUACGUGCGCUUCGCCAAGGGCGACAUUCCCAAACACGACUACAACUACCCCUACGUGGACUCGUCGGAUUUCGGCUUCGGCGAGGAUCCCAAAGGCCGGGCCGGCUCCGCCGUGAUCAAAUCGCAGCCGCUGCGGGGGAAGUCCCGGCGGCGCAAGGAGGAGGGCGAGCGCUCGCGCUGCGUGUACUGCAGGGACAUGUUCAACCACGAAGAGAACCACAGGGGUCACUGCCAGGACGCGCCCGAUGCCGUGAGAACUUGCAUCCGCCGCGUGAGCUGCAUGUGGUGCGCCGACAGCAUGCUGUACCACUGCAUGUCGGACCCUGAGGGAGACUACACAGACCCUUGCUCGUGCGACACCAGUGACGAGAAGUUUUGCCUCCGGUGGAUGGCACUUAUUGCCUUGUCUUUCCUGGCCCCUUGUAUGUGCUGUUACCUGCCCCUCCGGGCCUGCCACCAUUGUGGGGUGCUGUGCAGGUGCUGCGGAGGGAAGCACAAAGCCGCUGCGUGACUCAGUGACUCAGUCUCCCCCUCCCCCCUUCCUUCUCCAUCCACAGCCACAGCGAAUUUGUUUCUUGCCUACUCCCAGUCUCCUCCCCUCCCUGCCGACUCCAAAGGGCAAGGCCAAGAGGUGGCUGGGCUCCCUGGUCCCUUGCAACAUCAUUCCAAACCUGGGGAGGCCGCCACACUCUCGCAGUGUUCCGAGGAAAGAGCCUUCCGCUUAGACUCGUGUGUUUUACCAGCCUGUAAUCAUGCUGUCUUACCCAUGUGUUCAUUUCCUGGCCCCGCUCCCCACCUUUCCUGUUCUAAGGAAUCUGCAGUGAAAACUGCUGGAUUCAGGGGGUUCGUAGUUGGUUUUUUAUUUUCCCCCACAGAGACCAUUUUUUUCCCUGUUGCUAACCAACCCGGGUUUCUCCGAGAUGUGACCAAAUGCUGAAACCCUCCCAGAAGUGCUGUGACCUGCAGCUUGUUAUUUGAGGGGCCGAGCCGGACAGCAAGCUUGUACCACAAAACAAUAGUGCUUUAACUCCCAAAGCCAAAUCUCUCGCAUCAUCAGCUGCAGUUUCUGUUUUUAGCCCAUCAUCAUUUCCCUCUCCCGAAACAGUCACCUUUAAAAAAUGACUUGAGAAUUGAGCCUUAACUUCAGAUUAACUUGUGAGAAUCAGGAAAAAUUCCUCAAAUUGCUUUGCGUCCUCUUGGAUCAGGGCUAGCUAGCAAGGGGAUUUCAGUUUCUCUGAGCCUGCCCCAUUUACCCCUAAAAUAGGACCUUUUAGAGCUGUGUUGCCACUUCUAAAAUCCUAGCAAUACUAGAAUAACACAUCAGUGAGAUAAAUUUUACUCAUUAUUUUGCAAACCAAAUAGAUUUAUUCAAACACAAACCAGUGUUCUAUGGACAAGUUCCAGUUGAAAAACACUAAAGUUGUGGUGAAUAAAACUGUAGCCGCUUCCUACCCCCUGCAACUAUUUUAUAUUAUUCAGGGGACAUUUUGUUUAGGCGUAUGUUUUUGCUUUAAUUUGGGGCUCGAUUUUUUCAUUUAUUCUUGGGGGGAAAAAACAAGGCCAUAUGUAAAAAUC